UAAAAUAUAUAACCAUUUUAUGUACGCUUUAUAUCAUUUUUGGCAAUUAUGAGAUGGCUUAGGUUAAUAGCUUUGUGUUAGCUUUAAAAUGAUUUAAAGUUUACGUUUGCGACAAUAGUGACAGUAAUGCCAGCGUGUACAGACGCGAAAAAAAAAAAAAGAAAAUGGCAGAGGCGUCGCCAAGAGAAGCUGUUUCUCCUACCGUGGAGACCGAUGUUCCUGAUAAAAAGAGUCUUGAUAUGCAAAGAGGAAUUUCGGAAGAGAAGAAUAGCCUCCCCGUUAAAGCACAAUUCGGCGAUGUUCAAGGGCCUGCCUCUAAUGAUUACGAUGGUAGUUUUUUACCUAGGAUGUUUAAACCCAUUGCUGUCAGAUGUAGAGGAGAGGGUGUUGAAGACAACUGCAAUUCUGGAUAGUAUUAAUAAGCAAAUGGAAGAAGAAAGAAAGGAAAGAAUGCGAAGACGGCUCACUGCUCAUAUUCCAGAGGCAUUGUUAGGAGGUGGAGAGGCAAGAGAGUCUGUGAUGAUGAAACUGGAGCAGCUUAUUUUCUUUGAAGAAAUUGAGGGCACCGAUGAAAUCUGCUUGCAGGAGCAUGUGCGCCUCCAAGAACUGGAUGACAUUGGACACACAUCAGUCAUUGCCAGCAGCCUCAAAUCCUAUCUUAGCACUCUAGAGGAACCAGAAUUGAAACGUGUGACCAACAAGAUAUCAUCUGACAGCCAGCUCUGGCUGUCUAGGCUGUUCAGGUUUGGUGACUCUUGUGUGCUAUAUCAUGAUGAUGAACGAGAAGGAUUGGUGCGGGUGUGUCGACUUGCUCUUUGUCAUCGGUACCCAAAGUAUGUCACAGAUGGUUUUGAUGCUCUUUACUCCCGCCCACCUGUUAUUUACCUCAGUGCAGCAGCUCGCCCAGGACUUGGCUACUACCUUUGUCUCCAGCUGGGCCUUCCGUUGUCCUGCAUUUGUACGGUCCCCUGUAACACAAUGUUUGGAGCCAGCAGUAAAAUGGAUGUGGCUGUUCUGGAGAAGCUGAUACAAGAUGACAUCGCUGCAGCAAAAACUCCUGUAUUGUUGCUGGCAUUUGCAGGCACCACGUUAGGGCAUGUAGACAACCUGCAACGCCUGCAAGAGAUAUGCAAAGCCAACCAGAUAUGGCUUCAUGUAGAAGGGACCCACCUAGCAACCCUGACCCUGCUUUCUGUGCCAACAUCUGUGUCAUCUGCCCAGUCUGGAGACAGUCUUACUGUCACCUUAGGCACCUGGCUAGGUGUACCUGGGCUGCCCAAUGUUACAAUUUUCAAAGAAUCAGAUGCCACUCUAGUUCAUGCAGCUGGUCUGAACACAUUUAAUACAAAGCUCAAGUUAAUGUCCCUACCCAUUUGGAUGGUGCUUUUGAACAUUGGUCAUGAGGGCAUUGUCAAGCGCAUCACAUUCUCCUGUGAUUUGGCCAAGCAGCUGUAUGACCAUCUUGACCAGAUCACAACUGUCAAGCAGAUUAGUCGAGACACGAAGACAUCAUCUCAGAGGGAUUACAGGACCAUAAGUGACUUGAUAAGCAAAGCAAUCAGUGCUUUGCUUGUGUUUGAAAUUGCAAAUCCCACUGUGGUGUUCCGCUAUAUGGAAGACGUAUCAGCACCUGGUGCUAUUGUUGCCCCUUAUGCAAUGAACAGUGAGUCAGAGAAUGACCAAAGUAGUGAUGUCAUCUACUUUGAUGCUCUCAAUGUUUGGCUUGCUGAGGCCUUGCAGGCAAGUGAUCCCAAGGUUCCAAUUGAAACAAUUGAGGUCGAGAAAGAGGGAAUCUGUAUCCGAUACUGUCCUUUAGAGAAUUCGUAUGCCAAGGGCACAACAAAGGAGGAUAUGGAACACUUUAUUGAAUCUCUUCUGUCUAAUAUUUCUGUUCUGAAUGCAUCCACACUACAAAGAAAACGUUUUCAAAUGGUUGUUGAAGCACAACCCAACCUGAAAAUUGUACAUUUACAAAACUGGGCAGGCUUGGGUGCUGUUCGUUAUAUACCGGACCUGUAUCUGAGCCAUGAAGACCUUGAUGAAAAGGACUUUGAGGGCAUAAACAGUAUCAAUGCUGAGCUGGUUCAUCAACUCAAGGCCAAGGACACUGCCUUCUCUAUAGGACACACAGACUCUGGAGAGGUGUGCGUCAAGUUCGGGUUGAUCACUCAGGAAACUGAUGUAGAGGAGCUCAUUGACAUGGUGCAGAGAACAGGCCGUGAAGUGGAAGAGUCAAGCAAGUUCCUCGAGUCUAUGUCAGAACUGAUCCUUAAGGGCAUUGAAGAGGCCAAGAAACAGCUGGUGAAGGAAUCUGAACAAAAACUGAUGAGUGAGGGUGUGCUGCGCCAAGUGCCUCUAGUCAGCUCCCUUGUUAACUGGUUCUCACCAGUAAAAGAUGGGACAAAGGGUCGCAGCUUCAGCUUAACCUCUGGCAAAAUUGUCAGCACAGAGGACACCUACAGAUACCACGUACAGAUCCAAGAGGAAGCGAACAAAUCUCCAACCACACACUCCAGUAUUACCUCCAGCAUCAAGGGUGGGGGCGAGCCAGAGGAGCAGCAAGAAGCCUGCACCACCGCUGGGCGGGUCAAGGCUCAGCUCAUCAGCCAGGCCACACCUCCAGCCAGCCCUACAUCUGAUACUGUAGGUUUAGCUCACACAGUUGCCAUGGAGCCUCCAGCAGUAGCAGCACAGCAGCUAAAUCAUGAGAUAAAACAUAUCUCAAACUCCUCCGCCACUACAGUCAAGUUAGAAUGGAGUCUCCUUUUCUCCUGACCAGCUAUGCCACUUGAAAAUCAUCUUGUAAGCAUUGGGGUGGGGGGUGAUUCAAGAGAAAUUCCAUCACCAUAGCAAGCAACCUGAAAGCCUGAGGAUACAAGGGAUCAGAUUUCAAAUAUCUGGAACUCAUCUGUUGUGACUACACAUCAACAAGGAAGAUUAUUGGAAGUAAUUUGGUCAAAGAACCAAAGAGAUUUUAUGCUAUUUAGUUUGGAGUGCAAUAUUUUCUGUAUCUUGGUAGCAAGUUUGAUCUACAGUUAUUCAUAUGUGCUUGCUUGCUUCUUCGUGAAAAUGUGAAAUAUCAGAAUGGUAACAAAGGAUUAGAUUGAAGUUAUAAUUCUUCCAGCCAGCUGUAUUAUUAUAAACCAUAUUGUCAGUGUUCUUGAGAACGUGAUGUUAAAUUAAAAAGUGGGAGAUUCCCUGCCUGCUAAAUUUCUUACAUGCACAUUCCUCACACAGUAUUUAAUUCUGUCAGGGUUUUGUCUGCUACAUCAUUUCUCCAGAAAGUAAAAUUACUGAUCAAGAACCUGAAGUUGUGAAAGUAAGAAAUUGCAACAACCUUUAAGGUAGUUUGGGUACAUAACUCUGAUUUGAAAGUUACACUUUUGUCUGUUUAUUUCAUGUAAACAAUAGACCUUUAGGAAUUUUAAUUAUUUAUCAUUUCAGAGACACAAAUUCCAGAUUGAAUUCCAUUUGAAAACUGGUGAAAUCUACUUUUUAACACUUUCUUUGAAAUUUUUGUUCAGUUUUUCCAGUGCUGACACAAAAACAAAAUCCCUGUCAUUAAUAUUUGGCCUAGUUCUUGGCCUGAACUAUGAAGCUUCAUUCUGUAAUUGAACACAUAUAUUUUUGGUGCUGUAAUACUGUGCAGACUUGAGACUGGUAUAGUCUCUGCUAAGUAUCAUGUUUUGUUUUGAUUUUUUGUUAUACUACUUUUCUUAGUGCCUGUGAACACAGAUUUUAACCUUGUUUUAAUGCAAUCCUCCUUGUCUGUUUUGUUUAUAGGGGUAUUCAUCAUAAUUUUUUUGGUGAUGUUUUUAUGUAAGUUACAAUAUAGCAGGGUACACAAAUAUUUAUUAAAUUCAUCUGUUAACACUGGGAACAAGAUUGCUUGUGAAUUCCUUAUUUGUACCAAGCUGUGGUAUAUGUUAAUUACAGGGGACUGGUAUAUGUUUCCAACUGUGGUAGGAGCUGGCAUGUAGCUGUGCCAGUCUGCUGCAAUGCGUGUGUAGCAUUUCUGUUGUGUUCACCUUAAGUCUGUUAAUACAGCAGCCAGUCAAGUUAUCUAUGUACUUAUGGAGAGGUGCUGUAGACCGGUGGUUAGCACUGUUGAAUUUGGAAAGCAGGUUACCAGUUGGAGGUUCAUCCUGCCAACCAGGCAAAUGAGUACUUGAUUUAUCAGGGAAAGUAACAAAUUAUCAGAGGUGAGAGUUGGCCUUUGACCUCACAUGGCUUUCUCUUGCACGGUUAACACAGUUCUCUGACCCUGUGACCAAACUUUUUACCUUUUAUCAUGUACUUAAACAGUCUUUUCAUAGAACACUAGCAAGGUUAGUCUUGUUAUUUGAUGCAGUUAUUAACUUGCUGUUUUGACUUUAUAUUAUUUUACAAAGCAAGUUUUUAAAAACAGUAUUUUUUGCAUGUAAUAGCUGUGACUUUUUUGAGUGGUCAGAAGUGGCUAAAGUGCAAACGUGUAUAUUUUGAAGACAAGAAAUAGAUGAAAUGUCUCAGUUAAAAGAAAUCCAAAAAUCCUAGGCAAUCUAAUUUUUUAAAUUUAUUUACUUAUGUUGAGACCCCUACAUCCAUCAUUGUUUUGAGUCCUUUUUUUUCAUGAAAAGAUGGAUAGCAAAACUGAAAGCAAGAUCAUGGACCUGUAGAAGACUUCCCCCCAUCAAAAUUCACUCCAUCUCUAACUUAGCAAAUUUCUUCUCAAGAUAAACUGCCACCCUGAUUCCAAAGUGAGAUUUUAAUGUAAUCAGGUGACCAGUAUAUCUGGGAUAUGCUAUGCAGUUACCAGUAAAUAAAACUUUCAUCCACAAAUUUUAACAGGGAAAGAGAACACUUGAUACAUGUACCUGCUUUGAGUAAGCUGAAUGUUUGUGACAAUCAAAAUUGUGUAUGUCUAACUUAAAGGAAUAAUGAUAGUAACAGGGUUCUCAUCUUCUCCUUUGUUUCAUUGCCUCUGACAGGAGUAGCCUGGUCUGUCUAUGUAUCUGGCUUACGGACCAAAAGGCCAGUGUGUCACCAGACAAUGUUAGCACUAUUUAUUUAUCUGUAUUAUGCUCCUGCAUAUUUAAAAUACUUUUAAAUAAAUUUUUUUCACAAUGCAUUUUCACUUAACCAGAUCAUCAACUUGUCAGUUAUUCUUGAGACUUUAUCUCUUAAUAUUACUAAUGUUAUUUAUGACACAUUAUCUUCUAUGAUGAAUAAUAUAUUGUAGGCAGACUUAUGGUUGCAGUUUUAUACAUGCCUACUGCCAGCAAAAUAUCAACAUUGUGUUAGCAGAUGUGCCCACUACACUGGCACAAAGCUGGACAGCUGAGUGUGUUCUGAUGGAAGGCUCUCAAGUCCCUUGUAAAAACAGUGCUGCACGCUGAGGUGUGGGUUUUGCUGAUUCUAGCUUUUGGGGGAUCUUUUUAUGAUAAAUGCUAUGCUUUUAUAAUAAAUAUUGUCCAUCUCAGCAGAAAAUAUGAAUUACUUCUGGUGUUUGACCAAAAGCACAGUAGGUCUGGUCAAAAAUGGAGAAGUCAUGUUAUGCAUUUUUUAAAUGCAAUGAAAGGUUAAUGUGUGUUGUGCUUGUAAAUAAAAAGAAUUUUUGUAUCCUCCCAAAAUGGAAGAAUAACAGUUGUGUGUUUUGCUUUUGAAAACAAAUCGUGUUUUGUACAGUUGGUUUAAAUAGAAUUCAUAAUAUAUACAUAUUUAUAUCUCAAAGAAAA